UACGCCAUGACAUCAUUCCAUUUGAAGCCUCAAGCAAAGACAGAGCUGAACGAAAGCGCAAUAUUUUUUCCUUUGAAGUGCAUUUACAGGCGAAACUAUCGUGCGUGGUGAUGAUGAAAGGUGCUAGCACUUACUCGCUUUUUCUACUGGUGUUAGCAUUGGCUGUUAAAUCAUCGUCUCAGAUUGCUAAGCGCAAUAAUGUAUUACUGUUUGUGUUGGACGAUUUUCGGCCGGCAAUUGGUGCCUUCGGCGAUACAAAGGCUAUAACACCUAACAUCGAUUCCCUAGCGAAAAAUGGAUUCAUGUUCACGAAUGUUUUUGCACAGCAAUCGCUAUGUGCCCCGAGCAGAAAUUCUUUUUUAACAGGCCGAAGACCGGAUACAACCAAGCUGUACGAUUUCUAUAGCUACUGGAGACAAUCCGCUGGAAACUUCACUACGAUUCCUCAGUACUUCAAACAACAUGGUUACCUAACCCAAUCUAUAGGAAAAAUUUUCCACCCAGGAAUUUCGUCAAAUUAUUCAGAUGAUUAUCCACUUAGCUGGAGUUCUGUGCCAUUCCAUCCUUCAACGGAAGAGUUUAUGAAUAAACCAACAUGCAUUGAUAUGGCAUCGGGAGACGUAAGCAAGAAUCUGCUCUGUCCGGUUGUUCUAAAGUUGCAACCCGAUGAGACGUUACCCGAUAUUCAGAGUACAUGGGAAGCGAAAAUGUUUUUGACAGAGCAUCAAAACUCUACAACACCAUUCUUUUUGGCAGUUGGAUAUCAUAAACCACACAUCCCGUUUAAGUUCCCCGCAAAAUUCUUAGAUUUGCAUGACAUUCAGAAAUUCGAAGCCCAAGAUCUUGACUAUCCUCCACAUGGUUUACCGCUUGUAGCUUGGAGCUCGUAUUUGGAUAUCAGAAGCCGAGAUGAUAUGAAAGCUUUGAAUAUCAGCUAUCCUUUUGGGCCAAUCCGCGAGGGAGUCAGACUGAAGAUUCGACAACACUAUUACGCCUCCGUUACUUAUGUGGAUGAUUUGAUCGGGCAGCUAUUGAAGGAUGUGAACUUUGAUAACACUAUUAUUUUGUUAACAUCAGAUCAUGGGUGGUCUCUGGGUGAACAUGCUGAGUGGUCCAAAUACAGUAAUUACGAUGUUGCCUUGAAUGUACCGUUAAUAGUCUACAGUCCAGAUAUGUUGCCAAAGGUCAAUAAAAAGAUAGAUAAAGUGGUCGAGUUAUUGGAUCUAUUUCCCACAAUGGUAGAUUUGGCAGGUUUGCCACCGAUAGAAAAGUGCACCACUGAUGUAGAGACGGCAACCUGCGUUGAAGGAAAAUCUUUACUGCCAUAUAUUUUAGAUAAUCCUACAGACGGCUUAGUGGAAGAAGCGUUCAGUCAGUAUCCGCGACCAGAGGCGUACCCGACCUUCUAUCCCAACAGUGACAAACCAAAGCUGUACCAAAUUAAAAUAAUGGGCUACAGUAUUCGUAACCGUCGUUUCCGAUACACUGCUUGGGUUGGAUUUGACCCUGUGACCUUCGGUCGAGAUUGGACAAAAAUUUACGGUGAAGAACUCUACGACCACAGCAUUGAUCCUCAAGAGAAUAUAAAUCUAACAGAUCGUCCACAGAUGCAAGAAACAAAGAAUUGGCUUUUGUCGCGAUUGAAGAAACAAUUCGUUUGAUUUUUGCAAGUUUUGCAUUUUGUAAUGAGUUUGAAGCAAUCGCUAGUAGUAAAUAAAGUAAUCUUAGAAUAACGAGCAUAUGCUGCCAAGACCCUUAUUAACGCAUCGAUAAUACUCCGUUAGUCCGUUUUGUUGAGGAUAAUAUAGCAAAAUAUAUACAAUAUAUAA